AUGUAUUUUGCUUUGCAUUUACUAGGUGCCGCAGACAGUUAUUGUUAUUACGACUAUUCCUACAGCUACAGUUACUAUUACUGUUACUAUGACGAUAUAUCUGUUGGAACAAUAAUCGGAGCCGUGGUCGGAGGAAUUGUCGGAUUCAUCCUGCUGUGUGUCUUAAUUGCUGUUCUCUGUAUUUGCGUAUGCAAAAAGAAAACAUCAGGAACAGUUAUCCAACCCGGGACUGUCAGUUCCACAGUGACGUCCUCAGCAGUAUACAAUUCCUAUCCAAAUUAUCCCCAGCAACAAGGAUGGGGCGCACAGCAUGUACAGCCUAGUGCCCCAAGCUAUCCUGGAUAUGGACAACAGCAGUAUCCACCCCAGGUAUCCCAACCAAUGCCCCCGCCGACCUAUGCUGAGAACGUGGUAACGGGACAACCUCCACAGAAUACCAACUAAUUUCAUUGUAAUGGUUUUCUCCUAAACACGUGAACUUCUCGUAGCUUUCAAAGGACGUAAGGGAUGAAAUUACUGAUGCUACUGUACAUGAAAUAUUUAAUAGUGUGAGUCUAUAUUUAUUGAUAAUUUUCUUAUGUUUGAUGAUUCUGUGUUUAAUUUAAGUUUCCGUCCUAAAGUAGAUGUGAUAUUAUGAUUAAAUUUAUGGUUAUUUCCAUUAAAAAUCUGUUUAUAAACUUUUCGGUAAGUUUUGUUCUCUGUAACAGUACAUCUCUAGAACUUUAUUCUGUGAGAUAUUGGUAUGCUGAUGUUUAUUAACACGUAUAUUUGCCAUACUCCGGACAAAUCUUAUUUUUUGCUAGCGAGGAAAUGCUUUUGGUCGUUGUUAAACAAUAUUAAAUAAACAAAUGUUUGUUUUUU